CCCUACGCCGGACCGGUGCCAUGUAUGUAAGUUGCCGUCUGUGUCUGUGUGUGUGAGAUUCUUUGUCAUUAUUGAUUGACAUUGCUCUUGCUUCUGAGAUAUUUUCUUCUUCUGUUACUAUUCCUUGACUAGUAUAUGUCUUGCAACCGUGACAUCCCUCACUCACUAAGCCUCACUACUCAUCAUCCCAACAAACACUCAUCUCACUAUUCCCUACGGAGCACUCUCGAAACCGCUGAAUCCGAAACUGGGCAUCAAACAAAUUUCCAGCGCCCCGACCCGACCCGAACAAGCAUUUCACAAGCUCUCACAGCACUCUCUCCGGCCUCUCACAGGCUCUCACUGCCCAUUGACCACAGGGCAUCACAGGCAUCACAGGCCAUUACAGCCCAUAGAAGGUCCGAAGAGAACAAACCACGCACACCGGUUCCACUACUACCGCUACCUCCUUCUCACUUCGUCUCGUCUUUGGCUUGUCACCUCUGGGCUCUGACCCCAAUUGCCCCAAAUUGACCCCAAUUUGUCAAUUUUGUUCCCCAAAGUCACAGUCCCAGACAAUACAGCAACAAGGACAAGGACUGUUCCUGCCCUUUCCUCCGUCUUUUGCCUCCCCCUUCCCCGCCCCCUUCCCCUUUUGCCCCCUUCUUCCCCUCCUGCCUGUGCGUUGGGCGCCAGAAUAUGAUUUCCACUCUUUCCGUGAUAUCCCGAGCCUCGCCCAAUUCUGUUAUAUGCAGCCCGCCUCGGUCCGCCGUUCUUGGUCUUCCAAGCUCAUUGACCAGACCCAAAUUAUCUCGCCGCUCUCCUCCGCAUCCGCACCCGCACCCGCAAGUCACCACCUCAACCACUACCACAAUUCAAGCCACUCAAGUUGCUCCAGUCACAACUACUCACAUCCACUGCCGCUACCACCAUUACAAACACUAUAACCACUACUACCAACACUACUCCUCCCGCUACCCACACGCCUACAUGUCAUCACGAUCAUCAUCCGCCUCCACUCACUACACUAAUUCUCACUCGUCCUCUCCUUCUCGCUCACACCAUUACUCACAUUCUUCCCGCUCUUCAAUGGCUUCUUCUCCUCCUCCACCUUCUCUCCCCCAUAGCUCUCAGUCAUCCGCCGUUCCAACUCCUACUUCUUCAACCCGCUCUAUAUCACCACCCUCCUCCGUCUCUAGCGCUGCAUCCCUCCUCGCAUCCAGGAAACGAGUCUCACUUUCUGAGAGACACUCCUCCAGCCCCCUCUCCUACGUCGACACCGCUGCCAUUGACGCACAAAUGAAGCUGGCAUCUUUAGAUCACCUCGCUGGAUACUCAACAAAGGCAUAUCCUGCACCCGUCACCCAAACCGCAACCACAGAAUAUACUCCCAAAGAUAUGGCGAAGGGAUAUCAGGUUCUCCGCGAGCCGGCGUGGAACAAGAGCACGUCGUUUACUCCCGAAGAGCGUGUGACAAAGAACCUCACUGGGCUCAUCCCCCACGUUAUGGAGAACAUGGACACCCAGGUGAUGCGUGCCAUGAAGAUGAUCAACUCGAGAUCAACACCCAUCGACAAAUACCUAUACCUGUCGACCCUCAAGUCGAGUAACAUCGACCUCUUCUACCGCGUUCUCAUCGACAACGUUGAGCAGCUCAUGCCCCUCGUCUACACACCCACGAUCGGCGACGUGUGCCUCCAAUACUCGACUCUGUACACCAGACCCGAGGCCCUAUACAUUUCCAUCAAGCAGAGGAAUUCCAUCCGCACAAUUCUCAAGAAUUGGCCGUAUCCCAAUCCGUCGAUUUGCGUGGUGACUGACGGUUCCCGCAUCCUCGGUCUUGGCGACCUCGGCGUAAACGGCGUUGGCAUUCCGAUCGGAAAGCUCGCGUUGUACACUGCUGCCGCCGGUAUCCACCCGGAGAAGACUCUCCCAAUUGUUCUCGACUAUGGCACCAACAAUGAGCAGAACCUCAGGGACCCGCUAUACCUUGGCCUCCGCCAGAAGCGCGUGUCCGUCAACGAGGCACGUGAGUUCAUGGAUGAGUUCAUGGAGGCCGUGACCGAUGUGUACCCGGAUAUGGUCGUUCAGUUCGAGGACUUCGAGACCGAGAAGGCCUUUGCCUACCUCGAGAGGUAUAAGCACAAGAAGGUCUUCAACGAUGACAUCCAGGGUACCGGAGCCGUCAUCCUUGCUGGCUACAUCGGAGCCGUGAACCUCUCCAACGUCCCCAUCGAGGACCAGAAGCUCGUCUUCAUGGGCGCCGGCAGCGCCGGUGUCGGUGUCGCCAAGCAGCUCCUCGAGUACUACACCCGCCGCGGUCUCACCGACGCCGAAGCUAAGGACAAGUUCUACCUCGUCGACACCAAGGGUCUCGUGACCAAGGACCGUGGCGACCGCCUCGCCGAGCACAAGAAGUUCUUCGCGCGCCACGACAACGCUGGACACCAGUUCAAGACCCUCGAGGAGGUCAUCGAAUACGUCAAGCCCACCGCCCUCGUUGGCCUCACCGCCACCCACGGCGUCUUCACCGAGUCCGUCGUCCGCGCCCUCAAGGCCUCCGUCGACGCCUCCGGUGCCGGCCGCCGCCCCAUCCUCUUCCCCCUCUCCAACCCUCUCACCAAGGCCGAGUGCACCUUCGAGCAGGCCGUCACCUGGACCGACGGAACCGCUUUGUUCGCUUCGGGAUCCCCAUUCUCCGCAUUCGAGACCAAGAUCGGAGACGUCACCACCACCCACUACCCCAACCAGGGUAACAACGUGUACAUCUUCCCCGGACUCGGCCUCGGCGCCAUCCUGGGUAAGGUGUCCCGCGUCACCGACGACAUGGUGUACACCUCCGCCCACGCGCUCUCCGGCUGCCUCAACAGCGAGGAGAUCGCUAAGGGACUCAUCUACCCGCAUAUCAGCCGCGUGCGCGACGCGUCUGCUGUUGUGGCGAGAGAGGUGAUGAAGUGUGCGCGUCGUGAUGGCGUGAGUGAGUUGCCAGAGGAGACGUGGUUGGAGUGGGAGGAGUGGGGAGAUGUGGCGCUGACGAACUGGAUUAAGGCCCAGGUGUAUGAUCCUGCUCCGGCUGCCGGGAGGUCGGGGAAGUUGUAGAUCUGUGGUGUGGUUGAUCUGAGGUUGAUGUUUUCUUUUUCUUUUGUUUUCUUCUGUGGAUGAGGUGAUUUCGUGGUGGUUGAUCCGAUGAGUUUGCUGGUUCCUCGUGUUGGUUUGUCAUUGUUGUUGACGUUUGCCGAUGAUGAUGAUCAAACGACCGAGGAACAAAGGACAGACUGUCAGGAAGUUAGUGAAUUUGUUGGUACAGAGCGGGAAACUAUGCAUUCAAUCGGCGGCGGCGGGGAAAAAAUUGGGAAUGGAAUGGAUCGGUGGGGGUAACAAGGAACGAAAUGAGAGAGAGAGAGUUGAUACCACAUUUUCUGUAUUUUUCGCUGAGCGGGACGGAUGGAAUGGAUGAGCGGAGACGAACCGGGAAGACGUGUGUUUUUUUUGCGCUAUAUUUCCGUUUUUCUUUCGACCUUUUUUAAUUGUGUUGUUUUCGUUUUUAGCUAGAUAAGUGUGUUAAGAUGGGUGGGGGCCGGGUGGUGUGCCCAUGGUUAGGUAGUUUCCAAUCUGAUGAAGAUGAAGAUGGAAUACUUUGGUUUUGGAUUACUUGUGUGUGAGAUGUGUGAGAUGCGAGGUGGAUGUUGAAACGUAUGAUGGAUGGAGUUUGGUUGAGUGUGUAUGGAGAGAAACACUUCAUGGUCGCUGCCAUCCGUCGUGGUAAGGAGGCCUGACUCUCCAGUUCAGACAGUCUCUUUCCCCCGCCCAGCACUGUUCGACUCUGUUGUGUCUGGAGCGUUAAGGUGAUUUCGGCGAGACUGUUAGAUUUCGCUACACCUUCUUAAUCUUCUGUUUGACUUGGAUAUCUCUGGGAGGGUGGCGAGAAAGAAGAGGUGCGGCGGCAAGAAAGAUGGGGGGUAGUGAGAAAAGGAAGAGGUGGCCGAGAAGAGCGAGUGGUGGUGGUGAGAAGUGGGAGGGGGUGGUGAGAAAAGAGGGUAGUAAGAACCGCCCUUCGAUUUUCAAGCCGAAAUUGGCUGGCCGGGAAUUCUUUCGGCAGGUGUCUUACUCUCUCCUGAUCCAUUCUAUUUCCUUUCGCCCGAGCCGCGUCCUCUCCUAAAAUGCUUCUCCUGGUGCCCUGUUGUUCGUGGCCGGCGGUUGGCUUAAAUAAAGGAGCCAGCCAUGCUGCUGCCGAUAAUGGGGUUGCCUGUGUGAGAGACACGUGAGGGUGCGAGAUGAUGUAUUGUAUAUGCCAGCUUUGUUCAACACUGAGAUGUCUAGAAUGUGUUUCUCGAACACACUCUACGACCUAUGG